UCUCGUAUCUUACUGCAGUAAUUGGUCUUACUCUCGGAUCAUGUAGUAUGGACAUGGAAGGCUACCAACUAGAUGAACAUCCAGACCUGUUCAACGAUUGGAAUAGCCAAAUGCCGGUUUUACCUGAGUCUCACAUGGGCGAACUGGAAGACGUCCGUUUUCUUCUUUGGACUAGAACAAAUGCCGCCGACGACAUGUACUACAGCCUCUUACCCGGAAACCUAGAAAACCUCUCGCAGUCCCCGUUCAACGCAAGCCUCCCGACCCUCGUCAUCUUCCAUGGCUUCACGGGCAGCGGGGAGCAGGAGUGGGUCCGGGAUACCAAGACGGAAUUUCUGAAGAUAUUAGACAGCAACGUCAUUUCUGUGGAUUACCCAACGAUGGUGGUGUCUCCCUGGUACAAUUAUGCUGUGGAAAACGUGUACAGGGUGAGCAACUACACGGCCGCCAUGUUGGACUGGAUGCAUGAGCGCGCGGGUUUUCAGGCUGAGGACGCGCACUUCGUCGGCCAUUCGCUGGGGGCGCACACCGCCGGCCUCACCGCGAAAUACCUCACUGCAGGAAAGGUCGCCAGGGUAACAGGUCUUGACCCAGCUGGUCCCCUCUUCUAUGACAAACCUGCAGAUCGUCGACUUGAUCGGUCCGACGCCGUUUUCGUCGACGUUCUGCAUGCGAAUGGCGGGUCCCUCGUGCAGGGUUGCAUCGCUAUGAACAAGUCUUUGGGUCACGUGGAUUUUUACCCGAAUGGCGGAAUGCACCAGCCUGGCUGCGGCACCGGCGACCCUGUUUCAGACUGGAUGGAUCUCUUUGCUGACUGCAGCCACAUGCGAGCCGCGUCCUUAUGGAUAGAGAGCAUAAGAGCCACCACUCCGGACACAUGUUCAAAGCAUGGCUUGUUCUGACUGGGACUCAUAUCUCGGCGAUUGUCCUGCUUGUGAACCUUCUGGCUCAGUACAU